UUUUAUCCCAGCAGUAUGCCUCUCAGUUCCUGGUGAGGAAACGUCGAGCAAAUUCUUUUAUGGAAGAAAGUAAGAAGGGAAAUUUAGAAAGAGAGUGCAUUGAAGAAUUAUGCAACAAGGAGGAAGCCAGGGAAAUCUUUGAAAAUAAUCCUGAAACUGAAUAUUUUUAUCCCAAAUAUUUAAGCUGCCUUGCCUCCCAUCGAGCAGGGGUUUUCAGGGUUACUGCAGUUACUCCAGAUUCUCCAGCUGACCUGAGGGCUUGUGUCAAUGAAAUUUCAAACCAGUGUAGCCCUCUGCCGUGCCAUGAAGAUGGAUAUAAGGAUUGCAUAGAUGGACAAGCCACAUAUACAUGUGUCUGUAAACCAGGAUGGCAAGGAGACAAAUGUGAAGAAGAUAUAAAUGAAUGUGAAGACUUAAAUGGAGGUUGUAGCCAACGCUGUUCCAAUUUACCUGGAAGCUACCGUUGUUUAUGUGAAGACGGCUACUUCAUGCAUUCAAAUAAACGGGAUUGUGGAGAUAUAAAUGAAUGUGUGUUACAUCCAAACAUCUGUGGGACAGCCAUCUGUAAAAACACCCUGGGGAAAUAUGAAUGUGAAUGUGCACAAGGCUACACAUAUAAUUCAACAUCCAAGAACUGUGAAGAUAUUGAUGAAUGUGCUGAAAAUGUUUGUGCUCAACUCUGUGUAAACUCUCCAGGAAGUUAUAGCUGCUAUUGUGAUGGCAAGAAAGGGUUCAAGCUCUCUAAGGACAUGAAGAAUUGUGAGUCUGUUACUGCAUGUAUCCCACUGAACCUUGAAAAGAAUUAUGAACUGCUUUACCUGGCAGAGCAAUUUAUAGGAAUUCCUGUUCUGUACUUAAAGUUUAAAUUGCCAAAUGUCACGAGAUUUACAGCAGAAUUUGAUUUCCGGACAUAUGAUGCAGAGGGAGUUAUACUUUAUGCAGAAUCCCUUGACAAUACAGCAUGGAUCUUGCUUGCUCUUCGUGAUGGGAAGAUUGAAAUUCAGUUCAAGAAUGAAUUUGGAACAAAAGUCACUAGUGGAGGCAAAGCCAUUAAUGAUGGACUGUGGCAUAUAAUAUCAGUUGAAGAACUAGAACACAGCAUCAGUGUAAAAAUAGCUAAAGAAGCCGUGAUGAGUAUUAACAGCCCAGGAACGCUUUUUAAACAAUCACAGGGUUUCUUGGAAACUAAGGUGUACAUUGCAGGAUUACCUCGCAAAGUGGGCAACACUCUUGUUAAACAGAUUAACCCUCGGCUAGAUGGGUGCAUUCGUGCCUGGAACCUGAUGAAUCAGGGACAUUCAGGUGUAAAAGAAGUUAUUCAAGAAAAACAAAGCAAACACUGUUUAGUAGCAGUGGGGAAAGGGUCCUUCUACCCUGGCACUGGAAUGGCAAAGUUUCAGAUAAACUAUAAUAAUCUUGACAGUGCUGAAGAUUGGCUAAUAAAUGUGACUAUGACUAUACGCCCAUCCACAGACACUGGUGUUAUGUUUGCCUUGGUUUCUAAUGACACAGUGCCUCUUGCUUUGUCCAUAGUGGACUUUAACUCUUCUGACUCACAGAAAAUCAUUGUGACCAUUGGAAACAUCACUGUUGCACAUCUGGAAUCAAAGAAGUUAUGUACACCCAGAAAAGUGCUGGUUGGACUUCUUGUAACCAAACAGCAACUUGAACUGUCUGUUGAUUCACACACAGACAGAAGCAAUUCAGAGCAACUGUCUAUCCUGCAUCAAGCAAUGAUGGCAAAUGUUGUUGUUACCUACUUGGGCGGCCUGCCAGAUGUUCCUCUGGGUGCUACGUUAGUAACCGCUUUUUAUAAUGGCUGCAUGGAAGUGAAGGUCAACAACAGACAGCUGGAUCUGGAUGAAGCCAUUUCUAAACACAAUGAUAUUAGAUCUCACUCGUGCCCACUGAUUAUGCAGUAACUAUUCAAUUCUUAAUUUAACUUUUUUCUUUCAGAUAUAAUUUGCGUAGUCUCAUGCCAUAAUGAAGCCUGUGUUAUUUUAUUCAAGAUGUGCCAGGAAAAUAAUCAACAGCGUGUUUUUCCUCCCUUUUAUAUAGAAUGGGGGAAAAAAUCCCCUCUUUUUUCAACUGUAAAGAGACAAUCAAGAUCAAAAUGCUGUAAAAUGUUUUUAUUCAUAUCAGUGAUAAAUCUUAUAGUUAGAUUUAUCUUCC